GUUAAAAUUCGAUAAGUUUAUCAAUGUAAUAAGAUGACAGGUGAUCCCAAUAAAGGACUGCCUCUUCCGAGCGGACCAGCGUCCCUGUGUUUUGAUAAAGAUGUUUUCAUGCAAGAAAAUUUUGAUGUGGACCAGUUUGUAAUUGAGUGCCGUAGAAGAGUUCCAUUAGAAAACCUCCGAGAUGACCUGAACACUUAUUUGAAGAUACUAAGGAGUGCAAUGAUAGAGCUCAUUAACAAAGACUAUGCAGACUUUGUUAACCUGUCUACAAAUCUGGUUGGAAUGGAUAAAGCAAUUGGGAAUCUGACAACACCACUAGAGCAUCUGAAGGGAGAGAUCAUGACUGUGAAAACAGCAAUGGAGGAUGCAAUCCAGGCAGUUGAAGAGAAAUUAAAAAAGAGGGAACAAAUUAGACAGAAAAAGGCAUCACUACAGAGGCUGAUGAAUAUCAUUCACUCAGUGGAGAAAAUUGAGAAACUACUGGGAAUUCAUUCCAGGGACAACAGCUCAACAUCAGGACAGUUGAAUGGACAGUUAAUAGAGAGAGUGGCCAAUGAAUUCAACAAGCUUCAGUUCUAUGUCACAAAAAGCAAAGGACUACCUCUAGUAGAGGAGAUCAAACCGAGGAUAGCCAACAUCACAACAACACUCCAGUACAGCUUGGAGGGUCAGCUCGUGGAGGGACUCCAGAAAGGGAAUAUUCAGGUUCUACACCAGUGUCUCAGGACAUAUGCACUAAUUGACAAAAUCAAGGAUGCAGAGAAUCUUUUUAGACAGAACAUUGUGAAACCUUACAUGGAAGAGGUUAUAAGUGAAAAGUGUCUGAAAGCUAAUGGUUUGGAAGGAAUGUAUGGCAAAGUUUUGGAGUUUAUGCCGAAGCACUGUCGACUGCUGAAGGAAGUGACUUUGUCUGGAGGCUCAGGGUCCUCUGAGGUUGUCCGAGGCUUUGAUUUUCUUGUCAAUGCUGUAUGGCCAGAAAUUGUGACCAACAUCGAAGCCAGGACACAUUCCAUUUUUGCUCCAGGGAAUCCUGAUGUUUUCCAUAAAAGGUUCAAAACUAGCAUGCAGUUCUUGGAUGAUUUUGAAAGGCAGUGUGGGACACAGGCAAGUGUCAAACAUUUGCGGGACCAUAGCAGUUACCAUGCCUUCAUGACCAAGUGGAGUUUACCAGUUUAUUAUCAGAUAAGGUUUCAAGAUAUUGCUGGGGAAUUAGAGUCAGCCUUGGACAUUCCAUUUAACAAACCCUCAGGAUCUUCCGAUUUCCUCCUCCAUUCUACAGCUGUCUUGUGGGCCUCUCUACAUCGAUGCUGGUCAGAUGAGGUGUAUUUAGAUCUCCUCUGCAAUAGAUUCUGGAAACUAAAUCUCCAGCUUCUGAGUAGAUAUUCUCACUGGUUGGAUGAAUGCUUUAAGACUGAAAUUGAACAAAGGAAAUCCACUGAAAAAGAAGAGACAGACACAAGUAAAUCUAAGCUGUCUGUACCAACAGACAAACAGAAUGGGAGUGGUGAUAAAGCUAGCACUCCAAAAGAAGGGGAAACAACUCCACCAAGUCCUCCAGUAACCAAUGGACAACUACUGAGUCUCUUGUCUGAUGCCCUUAAACUAUCCUCUCAUAUUUUCUAUAUGUUUGAUAGCACAAUAAAACCAAAACUAACAGCAAUAGGAUGCACAAGCUUAGAAGAAUUCAAAGAAUGUUUGACAGAAUGUAGUGAAGAAAUUAAAGCUAAACUGCCUAAAUUCCAAGCCCAUCUUGUGGAGGAAAUCACAACACAGUGUUCUGCACACCUGAAGCAAGUCAAUGACAUUCCACGACUGUACAGAAGAACCAAUAAAGAGGUACCAAGUAAACAAUCCAGCUAUGUGAUAAACCUGCUGAAACCCAUUAAGAUGUUUACUGAGGAACAUUCAGAUAUAUUAGAUGAGAAACUCAAACUUCAGAUGUUUCAGGAAGUAUUAGACAGUCUCACAGAAUCGUACUAUUCAGCCACAUCAGAUGUUCUAAUGUCUGUUAAAAAAGUGGAGGACAGCUUAAAGAGGCUGAAGAAAAACCGAGGGAGUGAUAAAAGCUCAGGAAACCAAGGCAUGACAGACGAUGAUAAAAUACGAGAACAGUUUAUUGUGGACAUAGACAACUAUAGUGCUCAGCUAAAUCAAUAUGGAGAUUUUGGUGACAUGGAGAGCUUGAAAAAACUGCGUUCCUUGGCAGAGGAGGCCAAGAGUGCCAUGACAACAGCUCAGUGACUGUGAUUAGUGGAAUCCAGAUCAGAUGGACCCACUAUAAACUGGGAUUUGGGAAGUUUACAUGUAACACUGCUAUCACAGGGAUCAUUAUGAAUAAUAAUGGAAAUCUGUACCAAACUCCUCUUGUAUAACAAGACAUAAUAAAAUUUAUCACAAUAUA